UCAAAAUAAAGUCAUUAAAUACUCUUGUUUAUGUGUCUCUAUUCUCUACAUCGGAGCAACUAAUGAAUCACAAUUUCCCCUCAGGGAUAAAUAAAGUAUUCAUGAAAGUACUUCUGACUCUGUAAAAUGUAAAGUGAGGUGGAAACUACAGAUAAAUUAAACUAACCUGUAUUCAUCUUUCUUUCUGCCAGGUGAGUUCAACUCAUCCCGAGUGUUCGAUUGUUCUUCAUCUCCAAGAGAAAGAAGAUGAGUGUAAACUACUGAUGAGGACAGACGCUGCAGCUUCGCUCCGAUCAGCCAGUAACACCACUGCAGGUUGUAUGACAGAGUGGGACGGAGUCAGCUGUUGGCCGGCUGCCUCUGAGGGACAGAUGGUCUCUGUCCACUGUCCUCUGCUGUUACUGAAGCCUGAAACUCCUCCAGUUCUCAUCACCAGAAGCUGCACAGUGAGCGGAUGGAGCGAGCCGAGCGUGCCGUACUACAAGGCCUGUUACUAUGAAGCUUCAGACGAAGAUGAAGACGUGGGCAAAGAGAAACAUUACUUUGAUACGGUGAGGCUGAUCUACAGCGUUGGAUACGGAGCGUCUCUGGCUGCUCUGCUCGUCGCUGUCCUGCUUUUCUGCUGCUUCAGGCUGCUGCUCUGCACGCGCAACUACAUCCACCUCAACCUGUUUGUCACCUUCAUGCUCAGAAGUCUGGCUGUGUUCAUCAAAGACGUCGUGUUGUUUACAGACAGAAGCAUGGACCACUGCACAGUGUCCACGCUCCGGUGCAAAGCAGCUGUGACCUUCUUCCACUUCUGUGUUGUGUCUAACUUCUGGUGGCUGCUGGUGGAGGCUCUGUACCUGCAGACUCUGCUGCUCUGCACCUUCACUCACACCACCAAGCUCUUCUGGAUCUACGCCACCGUCGGCUGGGGUGCUCCGUCAGCGACUGUUGUGAUCUGGGCCCUGCUGAAAUCACAGCUGGAUGAUGAGGGGUGUUGGGACGACCUGGAGAGCCGCUUGUGGUGGAUAAUCAAGACUCCCAUCCUGCUCUCCAUCUUUAUCAACCUCAUGAUCUUCCUGAACAUCAGCAGGAUCAUCGUUCAAAAGACAAAAGCCACACAUGUGAACCAGAGUGAGACACACCUGUACAGGACACUGCUGCGCUCCACUCUGCUCCUCAUCCCUCUGUUCGGUGUUCACUACGUGGUGUUUGCACUGAUCCCAGAACACGUUGGCGUCGGGCCGCGACUCUACUUUGAAUUAGUUUUAGGCUCCUUCCAGGGUUUUAUUGUCGCUCUGCUGUACUGCUUUCUAAACGGAGAGGUCCAAAAAGAGAUCCAGAGGACGAUGAGACGGUGCUGGCCUGAAAGAAGAAGUAACACUAUCAAUCUUCCAACUCAAGAAUUCGUCCCCUGAAGUCCAAAUACAGAAAAUACUGCAGUUUGGUGCUCGUUAGUUUUUGGACCACAGCUCAAUGAUUUAAAAUAUUGUCUUUGCACUCGUUUGUGAAGCUUCUGAGAACAACAGAGCUGCUUCUAAAUAAUCUGGAGGAUGUAGUUCACUUAUUGAAUAUAGCUUUGACUAAUCUGAGGCAACAUUAACCUUCCAGAGGACGCCAUUAGACAACCACAGACAACAGAGCCAGUGGUGUAUGGUAGUUAGGACCAGCCCCCGUGCAAUAUUUGGCAUCUGAACUAGCUUGACACUGGACAUCUACGUACAACAGCGGAGAUCUGUGUAUGACAAACAUACCAAAUUAAAUUAGAAAGUAUUCAUUCAAUUAACUUAGUUUAUUUGUAGUUUUAUAGUGUAUGUAAAGUAAACAUAUCAUUUUAGUGUAGUAUAGACUGAAAGGGACUCUUUCACAAUUAAAAAAAACAUAAUGGAGACAGGUUUGCUUUUACGACGGCACAUACAGCAGUUGGCCCCACUUUUGUAAUUUGGCAUGAGUUCUUCUUUGAACAUGGGUGUACGUAUUUCGGAGGUGGAAAUCUGAAUGAGUGACAGGAGCCUGUUCUCUCCAUGGGCCCCGUCAUCCCAUGGGCCCCGGUGCAACCACACACAUCUAUAUUUACACCCUUGAACAGAGCCAUCUUUCAUGUGAACAUUAACAUUAUCCUCCUUUACUUGUAGCAGUGUUGAAUCAUGGUGAAACUGUGAGUACAUCACUCUCUUCAGUGGUGCUACAGAACAUGUUGAUGCAUGUGGUUAUGUUACGUUAUGGUGGCUGUAAAAUUGUAUUUAUAAGAAAAUAAGAUAAGUUAGUUUGUUAUCAUUCAGCAUGUGUGACAAGUUUCUCCUGACUGAAAACAGUCCAACUACAAACAGCUCUCGUGCAUCAGGCUGACACCUGGUGGUCAGUGCAUCACAUUUACACCUGACGACAAACACACAAUCUCCUCCUCUGUUUUAAGUUUGGUUUAUGAGCUCAGAAAUGUGCGCUGGAGUCAGACCACAGAGAGGUUUAAAAGAUCUUGAGUACAAUCCUGAGGUACUUCUACUUUACGCAAGAUUUGUGCUUCAUUCUUGCCAAGA